CUCACCCCUGGCCGUGGCUAGUUAUACAGAACACCGACCAACCACUCAGGUAUAACCCUCCAGGUAUAACCUCCAGGUAUAACCCCCCAGGUAUAACCCGCCAGGUAUAACCCCCCAGGUAUAACCCCCCAGGUAUAACCCCCCAGGUAUAACCCCCCAGGUAAAACCCCCCAGGUUUAACCCCCCAGGUAUAACCCUCAGGUCAAGCCUACCUUCAGCCCUAGAGACUUGACUAGCGCUCCUUCCAUGGUCUGUGUUCUACAGCUGCUGCUGCACCAGGGGUGAAUCUCUCCCUUCUCUUCUUCUCAGUAAAUGCGCUUUGUUUUCACAUCCUUUGAAAACCGCCCCUCUCCCUGCACCUAAUCGCCCUUUCCACCGCCUCCCCCCCUUCCCCAGCAGGGCCUCUUAUGGGGACGGGUGGGGUGAAUCCGCACCAGCCCAGCAGCCCUGCUGGGCGCAAUGGGAGAGUAUCUGGGAUGGGUGCCACCGAUGACUUCCAGCUAAGUACUCGCCCCUCCCUAAACCUGACCUGUCACUUCGCAUUUGUUAUUGUUUUUCUUGCUCUCAAACCCUCAAACCUGGUUGUCGCUCAGUCUAUGGAACACAGAUCAUCCCGUCGGGUACUCCCCCCCGGUAUAAGCCUCAGGUCAAGCCUACCUUCAGCCCUAGAGACUUGACUAGCGCCCCUUCCUUCAUCCAUGGUCUGUGUUCUACAGCUGCUGCUACGCCAGGGGUGAAUCCUCUCUUGUCUGAAUCAGUUAUUUUUGCAUCCACCACCUGUCCUCUCCCACCGCACCUAAUCUCCGGUCCACUGCCUCCUCCCUCCCUCUCCCCCAGGGCCGCUGAUGGGGAUGGCAGGGGUGAGUUAAACCAAGCGCGCCUUGCUGUUUGGACGCCACCAGGGGAGGGGAGGAUAACAGGGGUGACUCCACACCAGCCCAGCAGCUCUGCUGGGUGCUAUGGGAGAGUGUCUGAGUGAGGCGGAUGCCACCGACCAUUUCCAGCUAAGUACUCGCUCCUGCCCAAACCUGUCCCUUUGGUUUACGCUGUGCAAUAUUUCCUGCAAUUAAUCAAAUCCUCACCCCUGGCCGUGGCUUAGUCUAUGGAACACAGACCAUCUCCUCAGGUAAUCCCCCCCGGUAUAAGCCUCAGGUCAAGCCUACCUUCAGCCCUAGAGACUUGACUAGCGUCCCUUCCUUCAUCCAUGGUGUCCUUAAGAGGCUAUACCAGAGCCAUUCAAUCACGCUCUGUUGCACAGCACCACACCUUUCAAUGUUACUUGCUCUUCUCUCUCCUAAACCCUCACCCCUGGUCGUGGCUCAGUCUAUGGCACACAGACCAGCCCUCAGGUAACCCCCUCAGGUACCCCCCUCAGGUAAAACCCUCAGGUAACCCCCGCAGGUAAUACCCUCAGGUAAAUCCUUAGAGACUAUACCAGAGCCCCUCAUGUCUGUGUUCUUUAGCUGCCGCUACAGCAGGGGUGAUCCCCUCAUGCUUCCCCUUGUUGCAAUGUAUCAGCUGUUCCAGGAAGGAGGUCCCACUCUCAACCCCAAACCCCCCUCCCCCCUCACCCCCAACACACCAUCACCACCACCACCACCAUCCGCCGCCACCCCCACCAUCCGCUCCCCCUCAGCAGCGUCAUCCUUGGUGGUGCUCGGAGGAGCUAAGGUAAGUGAGGUAAGUCGGGAGGAGGAGGAGGAGGAGGAGGAGGAGGAGGAGGAGGAGGAGGAGGAGGAGGAGGAGGAGGAGGAGGAGGAGGAGGAGGAGGAGGAGGAGGAGGAGGAGGAGGAGGAGGAGGAGGAGGAGGAGGAGGAGGAGGAGGAGGAGGAGGAGGAGGAGGAGGAGGAGGAGGAGGAGGAGGGGGGAUGGGCCAGUGCUCCCGGUGGUUCAUGUUGUGUGGGCUGGGUGGCGGCACUACGGCCACUGGGGGUUCUGUGCCAAGAAGGAGGUGUGAUAGUGAGAAUGGAUGAUGGUGGCUGUAUGGAGUGGUGUGGUGCUGAUAGUAUGGUAUGGGUGAAAGUAUGGAUUGGGGUGAUAGCAUGGAAUGGGUGAUAGCAUGGAAGGGGGUGAUUCACAUGGUUUGGCACGUUUCUGCAUGGUAUGGUCUGGUGCUUAACAUGGCAUGUGAUCUGGAUUCUAUGUGAUGCGGAUACCAUGUGGUGUGAAUGGCAUGUGAUGUGGAAGGCCAUGCCGGCAGGCUGCUGACAACAAGAGACGAGCGAAUCAAGCCAGAAUUGAUAGAGAAACAGGGACAGUGGGAAAAGGGAAUGCAGAAUGUAGUGUUGAGAGGGGAAGAGGGCAUGGAGGGCAUGGAGGGCACAAGUGGACAGAGGCGCUGCUGCAUUCCACUGUCUCUAGUUACAUGGUGGGGCUGUCAGUUAGUUUUGGAAAAGUAG